AUGACCUUUUUGCUGCUUGUACCCGGUGAUUCGCCUCAAGUACAGCGACGCGGCGCUACUGAAAGUCAGUCUCGACGUGGAGUGUGCAAGUUCGUGUGCCGGACGGCGGGUUCGCAGAAACUUGCUGGACGACGGAAAAUUGCACCAUUUCGCGGCUCAAGCUGCGUCCCGAAGCUAGGAGAAACUUGUGUUGGCGUCAUUACAAAAGUUUCGCCGCUUGGCAUCGUUGUCGAUGUCGGUUCGCACCUUCGUACAGAAUUUCUGACGGCCCAGCUUGGUGGAGAGAUCGCAGCACGCUGCGUUGGAUACGCUAUGCACUCUGUGACCGCAACACUCUCCGCAGGUAAGAUCUUUCUAGGCCUUGGAUCUAACGAACGGUGUGUCGCAUACGGUAUGCUUCGAGGAGGUAUGGUUCUCAAGUGUGAACAAAGCGCCUCUCAGAAUAGGCUCAAGCUGCUGCGUGCCACUCAAAAUUUGUGUGCGUUUGAAGGGGUUUUGAGCAUGAAAGGAAUGUGGCUAAGUGCUAAAAAGCGUACAAUGACGCCGAGGAUCAGAUCAAUUAUGAUUGCACGCUGA